AUGAAGCACGCUUCCUCCGACCCCAAGCAAAUCUACCUCAAACUACAACAACUUCGCACAAUGAAGUUCUCACUCAUCCUCCCGCUUGCGUGGGUCCUCACUCUCACCUCGCUCGUCACCCCCGUCGCCGCCGGCGAGUGGAAGUGUAACGGCUCCUGGGGUGAUGGCGCCCUCAUGCGCCACUCCUUCACGUUUACCGGCUACUGUGAAGAACGAUGGGGCCAGUGUUUCCUCGACGGCUUGCGCAGCAACGGUCUGAUCAUCCACAACUGGCAGUGCUGGAAGCGCGACGAUGGGCGGUGGCAGGUCGACUUCUCGACCACCCGGCUCCUGGGUUCCGCGGCUGCUUACGCCAUAUACACAGUCUCGGGAUCGUGGCCACAAUGCUGGGACGGCAAGUAA